UUACUACAUGUAUUAAUUAUACAAAAAACUGUUUAAUUAACGAGAAAACUAAAUCACUCCGCAAUGGAAUUACGGGUUUUAGAAUUAUUUAGCGGCAUUGGCGGCAUGCACUACGCUUUUCAAUAUGCCCAGCUGAAAGGCAAGUUUGUUGGUGUUAUGGACAUAAAUACGGUGGCCAAUGCAGUUUACGCACAUAAUUAUAAGAACGUCAAAGUCAGGACGAAGAAUAUACAAAGCCUCAGUGAAAAAGAAAUCGAAAAAUUGGAUGUAAAUAUGAUUCUCAUGUCCCCGCCCUGUCAGCCACACACGCGUCAAGGACUACAACGCGAUAUAGAGGAUAAGCGGUCUGACGCACUGGCUCACAUAUGCCGGCUUCUUCCUUUAUGCAAAACAUUGCGCUAUGUGCUAAUGGAAAACGUUAAAGGGUUUGAGGGAUCCCAGGCGCAUGAACAAUUCAUCGGCGCUUUAGAAAAAGCUGGAUUUUACUGGAGAGAGUUCAUUUUAACGCCUACACAAUUCAAUGUACCAAAUACACGCCAUCGAUAUUAUUGCAUUGCUCGCAAAAAUAACGACUUUAGCUUCCAAGGAGGACAAAUUUGGGACGAAAUCCCGCUGCCAAUGACAACUAAUCAUCCAAUGCCAACAAUAUCCACAAUUCUCGAUCCUGAAGCAUCAAGCGAACUAGUCCUUCCAGAUGACGUACUUCUGAAACGAGUUCCUGUUAUGGAUAUUGUCAAUCCAACAGACACCAAGUCUAUGUGCUUUACUAAAGCAUACACCCACUACAGUGAGGGUACUGGAUCCGUCUUUACACCUCUUUCGGGUGAAGAAUUUAAACGUAUAUUUAAAGCUGCGAAUGAACUUGAAACAACUUUAAUAUCAGAUUGUAAUUCGGCGGACCUACAGCAAAGUCGUCUUGCGCUUUUGCGGCAAUUAAAACUACGCUACUUUACGCCGCGGGAAGUCGCCCGCCUUAUGAGUUUUCCUGAGUAUUUUGAGUUCCCCAAUGACACAACACUCCGCCAGAAAUAUCGUCUUCUUGGCAACAGCAUUAAUGUACGCGUCGUAGGAGUACUUCUGAAAGUACUUACUGAUUGUGAGAAGCAAUAA